UUCGGAAGUCUUAAAUUGUGGUUAAAAAUAUAAUAAAGGACAAUAAACCCUAACAGUCAUUUCUUUCCUUUUCCCAGCGAUAUCCCAGCUGCAGAGAGCUUCCAGACGGGCUCCAGCCGUAUCCGGGCCGACUUUUCACCCCAGACUUCGUACGUUGUGACCUGGGUCGGACAAUGGCCAUUCUCCGGUGUAUCAACACGUUGUUUGAUCCGGAGUCGCGCACCUGCGGCCUCAAUAGGGAACUAGACGACCCGGGCCCUGCCCACCUCCAGGAGUGCCCCUAUCCCCAGCUGUUUGAUGCCAAUCUGAGGAGGUGCGACAACUUUCUCCAUGUGGUCAACACGGACGGGUGUGGUACCCGGACACAGCCCAAACAUUUCUGUGAUUAUGCCAGCACGUGCCCGAGUACACGCUUCCCCACUUGUGACCUCUGCCGGAUAGUCCUCCCUAGCUGCGAGAAAAAAACAAAUGGUAUCCAUAGCAACCCACCGGGAAGGGCAAUAGCUCCGAGUUUUGUGUAUUGCGUGGAGGGUCGCGUCAUGGCUACCUCCCCUUGCCCACCAGGAACUCUGUUCCACGAAUCUGUCAAGUCGUGCGUGCCGAGUUCCAGCAAGAUGUCUGCUCUGGGGCAGCAUGAUGGACGUGAGUGACGGACGUUUUUCUCAGAAAUUGUCGAAAAAUUAUGUUUGUAUCACUGGCAAAAUUGAGGGCAAGCUAGG